GUGCCAAAGUCCACCAAUCAACAAAAUGUACAAAAGUAAUAGAGCCAGGAGGAGUAUCAUACACCCUGGAGUCUGUUGGAGGUAUAGAAGGAGUGCCAGCUGAGAUGAGGCCCUUCCUCCAACAUGUUCAAGAAGCUUAUGAAMGAUGUCUAAAGCUAGAAGAUGCUAUUGGAAGAAUUGACAAUGAGGACRGUGGUCAGCAGUAUUUCCCUCUUAUUGUUGGUAGAAGACCGUCCAGGAAACYGUCAACUGACAAAGAUAUGCCCUUAAACAAACCAAAACCCUUGUCCAAAGGUCAGGGAAUAUUACCUACAUCACCAAGUAUAGCUGCUCCAGUGUCUGUAUCUGUGCAUUCAUUCAAUGGUACCAUAGCCAGUACAGCUCCCUCUUCACACCCAUCAAGUAUUUCACAUGGAAAGUCACUUCAUCACCACAACACUACCAACCAACAUUCUAAUGUACAACACAAGAAACUAGSRUCUGAAGUUAUGAUCCAAAGCAAAGAGAGAGAAGAACAAAGCAUGUUAGAUUGUAAMAARAAGAGUACUGUUUCACCAACAGCUGAGAUUUUUAAGAGUGCAUAUGUGGAUGGUAUAGGCUGGGCCUCUCAGCUGAUGAGUGGAGGUGUCUGGGUACAGUACAGUGAUGGAUCACAGCUGAUUWUCAAUGCCUCUGAUGCAGUAAAGUACACUGAUUGCAAUGGGCUUGUUACACAGUAAGUUAUCUGUAAAUAAAAUGACAAGAACUUUCUUAAUACAAAUAUUUUGACAAUGAUGAUGGAUGAUGGAUUUCAUCUGAAAUAUUUGUAUUAAGAAACUUCUUGUCAUUUUAUUUGCUUCUAAAAUCUUAGCUCAAUCAUUCAACAUCUUUAAGUUAUUAUUUGACCAAAUGCAUUUCCAAUAUAAAUCCAUCUUUGAAAUGUCUCUAAUGCUGCAACUCAGUGAAGUACUUUGUUUGGUUUGAGUUUAAUUGCUGUUUUUAUCUCUUUGCUUUUGUUUUGUGGAAUUAGUACCACUCGUUUUAAUGAAAGGGUCUAAAUGUUAUCAUCUCGU